UCAUAUACAUUGUAUAAUUAAAAGAUUGAGGCUUGCAUAUUUCUUUUAUUCCCAUUUAACAGUGCACCCAGUUUACCCACAAAAGUGCAACAAAUAAAGCUCAGAAUGAGAGUGGAAGCUUUGGAUAUUUUUUGGACGGAUAAGAGUCGAUAUGAUUUAGCAGAAAAAAGGUUUCACGAAGUUAUUUUAAAGGUAACUGAGAGGCCCCAAUACAGCCCUUUAGUGUCUGAAAUUGCAAAGGCUAGGGAGCAUAUACAGAACUCUCUGGAAAAGAUUGAUGUUGCUACCCUAGAAGAUAGGUGGAGAUUGGAGUUUCUUGACCGAAUAUCGCUAUUAGAAAACCAAAACGGGGAUCUAAAAUCUCAAGUUUUCAAAUUAAAUCAAGCAUACACCGAUGUAUUGAAACGCAUCGAUAUGGUUGAAAAUCGUCUAAAUUUUUCCAACGGUAACUUGAAAGAGGAUGAUGUCGACUUAUUUGCUUCAGACAGUGAAGAAGAAACUAAAGAGGCUGUACGCAUAAGGGAAGAACGACUGGCCGCUUAUAAAGCUAAGAAAUCAAAUAAAGCAAUUAUUGUAGCAAAGUCAAGUUUAAUUUUAGACGUUAAGCCAUGGGAUGAUGAAACUGACCUCCUAGCUAUGGAAAUAGAAAUCCGCAAAAUUGCUUUAGAAGGAUUAUUAUGGGGAGCUUCUAAACUUGUCCCAGUGGCUUUUGGAAUAAAAAAACUAAGUAUUUCAUGUGUGGUUGAGGAUGAUAAAGUUUCUAUUGAUUGGCUUACUGAAGAAAUAGAAAAAUUAGAAGAUUUUGUCCAAAGUGUUGAUAUAGCUACAUUCAACAAAAUUUAAGAGAUGUAAAAAAAUGUUAUUAAAGUAAUCAUAGUUUCUUGAUGGCAUUCUUAGCCUUCUAACUUAAACGAAAAUAAAUAAAUUAUAAUAUUUUGAGUCUU